AUGGCAGCACCCGCGGCACAGUACAAGGACAGGCAGUUCCUCGCUGUAAUAGGUGAUGAGGACACUUGCACGGGCAUGCUGCUUGCAGGCGUAGGCCAUGUCACUCAGCCGCCGGACAGCCAAAAGAACUUCCUCGUUGUAGACGCAAAGACCGAGACCGCGACCAUCGAAGCUGCAUUCGACCGCUUCACCACCGAGCGCAAGGACAUCGCGAUUCUGCUCAUCAACCAGCACAUCGCCGAGAAGAUACGACACCGAGUCGAGACAUACACCGCCGCCUUUCCCUCCCUCCUCGAGAUCCCAUCGAAAGACCACCCGUACGACCCCGAGAAGGACAGUGUGUUGAAGAGGGUGAGGAGGUUAUUCGGAGAGUAG